CGGACAGACUACAGCAUCAUAUCAAGCGACCCACCAUCUGUACAGUGCUUUCUUUAAAGAAUAACGUUUAAGGAUUUACUUCUCCACGCUGUGUUUAUGCAUUGUGACUGAUACAGAGCUUAAGAUUGGGGUGGAAUUUUGUAACAAAAGGAUUCCUUUGUGCCCUGGAUUUUAUAUCUGCCUAAAAUGAGGAACUGUUAAGCACUGUCAGGUCAAUUUGAAGCCAUACCGUGCGUGGAUGCCUCCAACUCUUGCUGGAUGAUUCCAUCUCUGUGAUGAAAGGCUUAUCUGGCAGCCGCAGCCACCACCACAUGGUGACCUGCGACCCCUCCUUGGACUCCAUGGGUCACCACUUGGACCACAAGCCCUACCUCAUCAGCCAGAUCGACAACCCCCACCCAACCGAUCAUUCUUACUACUCCCAGAGGAGCCCCUACCAGCCUGACUGUGUAGUGCCUUACGGGACCUUCCCCCGCCGACACUACAGCUCUCAGCACGAAUCAAAGGACGAGACUGCUGUGGUUCCUUACACUGGGGGAGGGGUUCCAGCCAAUAAGGGCCAGCGACUUCCCGUUGUCAUUUUAGAUCAGUUUGACCGCCAGCUCCCAGUGCCUCGGGACGGCUACCACACGCUACAGUACAAGCGCGCUGCCGCUGCCUUGGAGCAACGGAGUGACAGCCCUGGCCGAAUUCGGCACCUUGUGCACUCUGUCCAGAAGCUCUUUACCAAGUCCCACUCGCUAGAGGGCCCACACCAUGCUCAUGCCCAUGGUAAGGGCAGCAUCAACGGGGGCAAGGCCAGUCCCGAUGGAGACCCUCCCGCUAUUCGCCACCGAAAGCGCAGCAAGACCAGGGAACGCUGCAAGUCAGCUGAGCCCAAGAACAGGACGCCGCCAUCUGGCUACUGGAGCUCUGAUGACUUGGAACGUGAGGCCUGCCUGUUUCAGCACGGACCACCAGGUGUCAUGACUAUGGGCCGGCACCCGGACAAGUCCCAGUCACAGUACUUCCUGGAGGCCUGCAACACCAUAAGUGACCAGGCGCUUAAAAAUUCCCUCAGCAGCAACAAUUUGGGAAAGUGUUCGACGUGCACGAGCAUACCGCUGAGCGUGGACGCGACACAGCUCGUGAAGAAUAGCUUGUGGUCGUCCUCUCUCACGGUGAGCAGGGCACGUCAAGUCUACCAGAAGGCCCCAGUAAAUGUAGAUAAGGCUCUUGUGAAAGCAGAGGCUUGUCAGCAGGAGCGCUCAUGCCAAUUCUUGCAGGUCCCACAAGACGAGUGGGGGGGCUUUCCACUAGGCAAGGAUGAGGAUAUUCCAUGCAGACGCAUGCGCAGCGGCAGUUAUGUGAAAGCCAUGGCGGAGGAGGAUAGUGAAGACUCAGACGAGAGCCCUAAACCCUCCCCCAAGAUGCAGGCGCGACGGGCCAGCUACCUCAAAGCCACCCAGCCCUCACUGACAGAGAUGACUACUUUAAAGAUCUCUUCAGAGCACUCUCCAAAGCUGCAGAUCCGGAGUCACAGCUACUUACGGGCGGUGAGUGAAGUUUCCAUCAAUAGGAGCCUGGACACUCUGGACCCCAAAGCUCUGCUAGCCUCUGCCCAAUACCGCUCGCGAAACGAGAGCUACAUGAGGGCUAUGAGCACCAUCAGCCAGGUGAGCGAGGUGGAAGUUAACGGGCAGAUCGAGGCAGUGUGUGAGAGUGUGUUCAGUGAAAUGGAGUCGCAAGCAGUGGAUGCUCUGGAUCUGCCCAUGCCCAGCAGCUUCCGCAUGAGGAGUCACAGUUACGUGCGUGCCAUUGACCAGGGCUGCUCGCAAGAUGAGGAAGGGGGGCCUCUGCUACCGGCCUCCCCUCCACGGACCACCACUACUGUCAGAACCAUACAGAGCAGCACAGUAUCGUCUUGUAUCACCACCUACAAAAAGACUCCUCCGCCGGUCCCUCCCCGCACCUCCACCAAGCCCUUCAUCUCCAUCACAGCCCAGAGCAGCACUGAGUCCGCGCAGGAUGCUUACAUGGAUGGUCCCUGUGCGCGGGGUGAGCUAGCCCUCCAUUCCGGUCUGAGCAAUUCCACUGAGAGCAUUGACAGCAUGAAAGCCCUAACAGCAGCCAUAGAGGCGGCCAACGCUCAGAUCCACGGCCCUGCCAGCCAGCACGUCAGUAACAGUACCGUCACCAUCAGCACCAGCCCCUCUCCACUGCCCAUGCCUCUGCCCAUACCCAUACCUGGUAUGGAAGAUGUCCAUAAGGAUAUGCUCAGGAAGGGCAGGUGCCUUUCUAUUGGCAUCCAGGUGAGUGAGAUACAGGAAGUGGAUGGGCCUGAUGACCAGGAACUAGAGGACCAGUCCAAGUUUCAAUCAGUAGGGAUUCAGGUUGAAGAGGAGCAUGGUCACCGGCGGUUCACGCGCUCUAACAGCGUGACAGCAGCAGUACAGGCUGAUCUGGACACUCCAGACUUCACUCCAGCUGAUUCUUCAGUCACAGUUUUCCCCUCUUCAGGCUGUAUGUCACGGCAGUACUCACGUGAUGCCGCCACCUCCACUGUCAGCAUCCAGGGCUCAGGGAACCACUACCACGCCUGCUCCUCGGAUGACUAUGAGGAUGUUGGGUUUGACCCCUCCAUCUUGCCCCCACCUGACCCGUGGAUCGACAGCGUGACAGAAGACCCCUUUGAGGUUGUGGGCCACUCAGUGUGUCAGCGUGAUGGCCGCUGGUUCCUCAAGCUGCUGCAGGCGGAGACAGAGCGCAUGGAGGGCUGGUGCAGGCAGAUGGAGCAGGAUGAGAAGGAAAACAAGCUACCUGAUGACAUCCUGGGGAAGAUCCGCAGUGCAGUGGGAAGCGCACAGCUGCUUAUAUCCCAGAAGUUCCAGCAGUUCAGGGAGCUGUGUGAGGAAAAUCUGAACCAAAAUGCUCACCCACAGCCAGUGGCUCAGGAUCUGGCAGGGUUCUGGGACAUGCUCCAGCUCUCCAUUGAGAAUAUCAGCCUCAAGUUUGAUGAGCUGCACCAACUCAAAGCCAACAACUGGAGACCCCUCGACCCCCCUGAGAGAAAGAAUGAGAGAAGGCUGCCUCCCCCAGUGCCAAAGAAACCCCCGAAAGGCCACCCUCCGCUGGCCAGAGACCGCUCGCUGGAGAGCACAGAAAAGCAGCGUCAAGAGGCCCGCAAGCGUUUGAUGGCGGCCAAGAGAGCUGCUUCGGUUCGGCAGAACUCGGCCACAGAGAGCGCAGACAGCAUCGAGAUCUAUAUACCCGAGGCCCAGACCAGACUGUGAAACUGUCAAACACAAAUACACACUUACACAAAAAAGCUCAAGUGCAGAAUUCCACCGUGAGCAAAGCACAUCACACAGAUAUGUAUUUUCCUAAUGCUAAGAUCACUGUAUAUUAGGAAGAACAUUCACCAGCACCAUGAUAGCACAGUAGUAGUAGUAAUUUGACCUUUCAUUAAAAAAUAAAAGACCAACAUGAUUUUUCUAUGACCCCAAACCAUUAUCAAUCGCACGUACACACACACCAUUCGGAGCCCUGUAACUUUAUUUAUGUAAUUUUUUAUGCGUGUUUGAUUACAUAGUUUUAAUGGAAACAGCACAUUCCAUGAAUAUGGUUUAUUUGAAAUACUUUUGUGACUUUUUUGUUUGAAUCAUUUUAAGCCCAAAUCCCAUGUUUUUGUUGUGAGAACUAUUAGAUAUAAGAUAAACUAUUAUCCAACAUAUCUUGCCUGUGUCCAACAAUUAAAAUCAUAAAACAGUUUCAUAAUUUUGACAAUUAUUAUGUAAAAAAUUGCUACUAGUUAUAAUUACCAAAAACACAAUAUUUACCUGGAUUCCACAUUUUGUGUGCAAACAAAUUAUGGCAUGAUUUUUACAAAAUAAAUACAAAAACAUAUUACAUUCUUUACAAUUGUGACACCCAAGAAGUAACAUUAUUUUGCCCAUUCCUACCACAUGGCAGGAAGACAAGUAAAUAAUAUAAUUCAGUUUGUUCAAUUAUAAACAAUUUAUAGAAAUUGCAUGUUGGCUGCAUACCAAUAAACUACUGAGUGAUGGCUUAAUUAAGCUAAAUUUGCAGCCAUGUUAGCCACUUUUAUUGUUAUACAGUAUAUUGUUUAUUUCUACAAAAUUAUGAAACCACAGAAAUCAGGUUUUUAAACUGUAUUUAGACAUUACUAAUACAUAGACACCCAAAGUUUGGUAACAGUGUUGCAAAAAUUACAAACCUCACUAAAAAAGAAUUAAAAAUAAAAUAUACUGAUAUAAUAUUACGCUUAACCUCCUGAGCUUUAGAAUCAACAUUUUCUCUGGGUUAUGCUCCUUUCAUGACCAUUUGCUGAAAAAAAAGAAUACUCAGUUAUACACAUUCCCAUAUUCAGCACUAACCUCUCUUGGGGUGAUUGGCUUACCUUCAUUCACCAUAUAGAUUAACGUGGGCAUUUACACAAAACUUUAACAUUUGACAGUUCUACACAGACAUAUAACAAUUGAACAUAUUCACUCUGAGUGUAAUGAACUGAGUGUAUGUAAUAUAAUCUGUCUUACCUUUUACCUUAAUGGUUGAAGGAAUGCUAUAGCAGGUUUAAUGUUUUGCUUCUCGACAGUCUUUCCCACCUGUCUAUCUUUUACAUGCUGUCUUAAUCUAAUGAUCUGAAGAGAUGUGAUCAUAGUGAAUUAUGUUCCUAGUCAUGUGAUGUAGGUACUCUUCAGAAGUAAACCCUUGCUCUGUCUGUCUCUCUUACCAGUGCCAUCUAAGUAUCCUGUUUGAAACAUUGUCAUUCGGCCUUUUAGCAUUUCUGUUUUUUAAAGAAAUAGUUCACAAAAAAAAAAAAUCCCUCAUAAUUUACUCACCCUCAUGCCAUCCCAGAUGUGUAUGACUUUCUUUCUUGUGCUGAACACAAAUUAACAUUUUUAGAAGAAUAAUUCAGCUCUAUGGAUCCUCACAAUGCAAAGUUUUUACUAUAAAUUUACCUUCCUGCCCAGUAGGUGGUGAUAUGCAUUAAGAAUAUGAAUUGCCAAAAUCAAAUUAAGAAGAAUGUGUGAGUGAAAGUGGAGACUGAUGUUAAAAAGGACCUAAAUAUUUAUCUUUUUUUCUUCUGCUGAACACAAACGAAGAUUUUUAGAAGAACGUUUAAUCUCUAUAGGUCCAUACAAUGCAAGUGAAUGGUGACCAGACCUUUGAAGCUUCAAAAAUCACAUAAAGGCAGAACAAAAGUAAUCCAUACAACUCCAGUGGUUUAAUUAAUGUCUUCUAAAACAAUAUGAUCACUUUGGGUGAGAAACAGUUGAUCAGUAUUUUACUUCAUUACAUAUUGAUCUGUUUCUAACCCAUUCUAUUCACUUCUGAAGACAUGUAUUUUACCACUGGAGCCUUAUAAAUUCAAUUACUUAUAAGCUGCCUUUAUAUGCUUUUUGACCACAAUUUUGGUCAUUAUUCACUUGCAUUGUGAGGACCUAUACAGCUGAGAUGUUUGUUUUUUGUGUUCAGCACAUCCGGGAUGGCAUGAGGGUGAGUAAAUGAUGAGAGAAUUUGCAUUUUUGGAUGAACUAUCCCUUUAAGCAGAGCAACCCUUAAAGGGAUAGUUCAUCCAACCCUGCUUCCUCUCUUUCUCUCUUUUUUAUUAAAUUGGAAAAUAUGGCCACAUAACAGGGUUUUUAAGCAAAAAGCAAUACUCAAAAUUCUAACAAUGUUACACUACAACAUCUCAACAGAAUGUAGAGAUUCUGUAAGAACUGAUUCAAUGCUAAUGAAAAAGAUGCCUUCACUUUUCUGUAGCCAUUUCUGUUUCUUUUCAUUUAGAUGCUUGCUAUUGUGAACGCUUAUCAAUGGACACUCUUGGAGAAUUAUUAUUUUGAAACCUCUUUAGUCAUAUAUGGGACAUUUAGGCACAUUAUAUUCUUUAGUGUGUAAAAUACAAUUAAACUUACUAAUAAUUUUUCUAAUGUAGAUUUGGGGCCUUCUGUGGAUUUUUAUGUAGACAAGUAGUGAUAAUUUAAUGAGAAGACAGCAAAACAAUUACACUAGAAGGGAGUUCUAAUAAAUUGCAAGCUUUUCGUCAUUGUUCACAAGAUUAUGUCUUUCCAGUAGCAAUUUCAGUGACUUAAUUUAAUGUGUGUUUUAAUACUGUGCUGGGGCACAGGGACAAGUUUUUUGUAAGCUUUGUGCUCAAAGGGGUUGCGACUCUGAGAGGACCAUGUGACUACCUGAUCAGUCAUGUCAGGUGAGCUAAACUAGCAUUAAACUCUCAGGAAAAGACAGAGGAAGACAGGAAAUGUGAGUGAAGCAAAAUCAGGGUCUCCCAGUGGUGUUCUAUGAGUGUUAAGUGCACACAGGUGUGUGUUCUAAAGAAUGUAUGUAUCUUUAUGGUGAAUAAGUAUGUGUGUGUGUGUGUGAGAGAGAGAGCCUGUGUGCAUGUAUGUGUGUGUGUCUACAAAGUGCUUCCUACUUUCAUUGGUUAACACAAUCUUUGAAUCUUUCUGUUGGAUGAAGUCUAGUAGCCUCAUUAACUUGUGUACAGUAUCAAAGCCCCUUGUUCUAAUUUUAGUCUAUAUUGUUUGUACAAGAAAACAAUGAUGAGGACAUUCUUGUAAGCAUGCAAACACAAUAUGAGUCUUAUAGAUAUGUAUCUGAUUUAUACUGUUAUAUAUUCAUUUAUUUAUUUAUGUACUUAUUUAUUUGUCUACCUAUGUAUGAUUUAUUUUAUACGGUUUUGAUUCAGUUCAGUGAUCUGUCAUGCCACCCUAUUAUUGUGAAUAUGUUGUUCUUUAUGUAUAAACAUUACAUUUGCAUACAUACGAUGAAUAAUGAAUAAAUUCUGGAAACUUUUUUGUCUUUAAAUAUAUUAGAGAAUGUAUGUAAACAGUUGUGGCUGGGCGGAGGGCUAAUCAGGCUAAUCGAGCCUCAUAGAGGGAUAAAGGCCGACUGGAAGCUGCAGUGCGAGAGAGAAA